CCAACACAAAAAAAGGGUAACAGUAGUAUAAAACCAUCCACUGUGAAGCUAACGUGAUUUACAAAUCUCCUUCAUCAAAAAAAGAACUCCGGCAGAUCUUUGAAAGAAUUUCCCAAAAAUCUAUUCAAGAUGAUAAUGAUCAGAGUUCGUAGCAGAGACGGAUUAGAAAGAGUCCAUAUCGAAAACCCACACAUCACAGUAUCACAACUCAAAACCCUAAUUGAAUCUCAACUCCGUGUUCCAAUCUCUCAACAAACAAUCUCCUUAAAUCAAAACCUACUCUUAGCAAAAUCACCUCAGGAUAAGCUACAAUUCAACGAUUUGUCAUCAAAUCCACAAACCCUAAUUUCAUCGUUAGGCAUAUCUCACGGUUCAUUGAUUUACUUAUCAUAUGAAGGUGAAAGAUCUAUUGCAGGUGGCCCAACAGUAAACCCAGCUGGUUCAUUUGGUAGGAAGAUGACUAUGGAUGAUCUGAUUGCUAAACAAAUGAGGGUUUCAAGACAGGAAAAGCCGAAUUGUGAAUCGGUUUCGUUUGAUCGCGAUGCUGCUAAUUGUUUCCAGCAUUAUGUGAAUGAGACGUUGGCGUUUGCGGUGAAACGGGGAGGGUUUAUGUAUGGGACGGUAUCAGAGGAUGGUGAAGUGAUGGUGAAUUUUAUUUAUGAGAUGCCACAACAGGGGACUGAGGACAAUUUGAUGUUGAUGAGGGAUAGUGAGGAAGAGAAGAUUGUAGAAGCGAUUGCCUUGGGGUUGGGAAUGAGGAGAGUUGGGUUUAUUUUUACUCAGACUAUUGGGCAGAACAAGGAGGAGUAUACAAUGUCGAAUUCCGAGGUUUUACAAGCAGCGGAAUUACAUGGGGAAAGUGGGUUGAAGGAGUGGGUUACUGCGUUGGUGAAACUGGAAGUGAAUGAAGAAGGUGGUGCUGAUGUACAUUUUGAAGCUUUUCAGAUGAGUGAUGUUUGUGUUAAGUUAUUUAAAGAAGGAUGGUUUGAGACCGAUUGUGGGGGUGAUCAUGAUCCAAAGAUAUCGAGGAUGAAAAAGGAGGUUGUUGUUGGUGUCAAAGAUGUUAAGGAAGUUGAUAAUGAUUUCUUCUUGGUGGUUGUCAAGAUUCUUGAUCAUCAGGGCCCCCUUUCAACAUCCUUUCCUGUUGAGAAUAGAAUUACUUCAAUUCCACCAAGGGCAUUAAAGACUCACCUGGAGAAGGCAAAGAACCUUCCCUUUGUGAAGCGAAUAUCCGACUUUCAUCUUCUGCUCUUGCUUUGUAGGUUCUUUGACGUUAACUCUGAUGUUCCCACAUUGGCAGAAUGCGUGCAGCUGCAGUCAACAGUUCCGGAGGGCUACCAACUCCUGAUCGAGUCAAUGGCUAGUGCCACUUGAUAGUUUCUGUUUGCCUUUGUGGACGAGAACUGGCGGGUGUUUAUGUUAUAUGAUACGAGUUUGUAAUUAGAAGCGGUCCGGCUGAUCAAUGAUACUGCCCCAAAGUUAACACUAUGAGGGGAUAUAUUAGAUUCGUUUACUUUCUUGGUUUUAUAUCUUCAAGUAUAUCCUUCAUGAGAUGUUUUUUUCUUCUAUAUUCUGUUUUUACAUUCAUGUGUUGCUGCAGAAUUUAUUUCUACAUCCAUAUAUACCGCUUCAGGCUGUCUUCAUGCAGUGAAAG